CAUAGAAUCAAUCCGUCAUCAUUCAUUCACCCAUCCGUGCCUCCGCAAAUCUACAUCCCCCCAAAUCUAGUUCUCGUGGAGCGAGAGGGAACCAGAAACGCAAAUUUCUCCUUUUACGAAAGGUUAAUGGAUACAUCGUCUUCCGGUUCGACUCUGCUUCGCUCAAUCCUUUCUCUGCCCUCCGAUCUCUUAUUCUUCUCCAGAUCCUUUCAUCGUUUGUUUCCUUGUCAACCUUGUACCUCCUUCUGACGUACAAAAUCAGGAGCCAAGCAGCCCCGUCACCGAUGGGCAAGCGUAGUUCACAACGUAGGAAUCCUGCGAUGUUUGAUACUGACGAUACUGAUAGUUUGAGUUCGGCAUCGUCUAGCCGAUCAGAUAAUAUGCCGGUGUCCGGUACUGAAGAAGUUCAGCUGGACAAUGAGAGUUUUCUUGAUCAAUGCUUGGAUUCUUUAUAUGAGAAAAGGGCAUCCACCAGGGAGAAGGCCUUGGCAGCGAUUAUAGAGGCUUUCAAUAGCAACUUGCAGCAUGAUUUUGUGGAGAAGAAAUUUGUUACGCUACUCCAUCAGUGUCUGAAUUCCAUCAAACGGGGUUCUGCUAAGGAAACAUCUUUAGCAGCUCAUGCCAUUGGACUGUUGGCUCUGACUGCUGGUCCAGGGGACAAAACUCGAGAAAUAUUGGAAGAAUCUGUAACUCCCAUCUCGCAGGCUCUAAAAUCAGGGUCUGACACAUCAAAGAUAUCAUCAUUACUAGAGUGUUUGGCUGUUAUCACUUUUAUUGGGGGAAAUGAGCCAGAAGAAACAGAAAAAUCAAUGCAAAUGAUGUGGCAAGUGGUUCAUCCAAAAAUGGUUUCCAAUGUAGUUGCCACUAAACCUACAAUAGGUAUAAUAACAGCAAUGGUCUCUGCUUGGUCAUUUCUUCUAACCACCAUGGAUGGAUGGACAUUUGAUCCAAAAAUGUGGCAAGAGUUGAUUUCUUAUUUUUCUAUUCUCCUAGACAAGGAAGACAGAUCUGUACGCAUAGCAGCUGGUGAAGCACUUGCUUUGAUUUUUGAUAUAGGAAACUUGGACAAGUUCUCUGGUGAUGCUAAAGAUGCUAGUAAUGGCUCCACCUCUCGGGAGUUUACCCACAUACAAGGGUUGAGGGGAAAAGUCCUUAAUCAAGUGAGAAACCUUUCCACAGAAGCAGGUGGUAAAGGCUCUACUAAGAAAGAUCUUAACAGUCAGCGAAGCACAUUCAGAGAUAUUCUGGAGUUUCUUGAGUAUGGUCAUCCUCCUGAAUCCUCAACGAAGAUUGGAGGUGAAUCUCUGAACGCCACAUCCUGGUCUCAACUAAUACAGUUGGACUUUUUUAGGCAUUUCCUUGGGGCAGGCUUUGUUAAACACAUGCAGGAAAAUGAAUUUCUUCAUGAUGUCUUUGGGUUCACGCCAAAGAGAAAGCAGCUUUCAGGGAAUGAUCAUCGGAUGUCCAUUUGUGAUAAGAGGCUGUACAAAUCACCAAACUCAGUUGCAAACAAGGCAAGGACACAAUUUCGAAACAAGCAGAGAAUGUUAUCUCAGGGUAAGAAUGCAGGGCAUUUUGCAGUUGGUGUAGAGGACGAGGGGGUCUAAGCCAUGUCGGCCCAUUAUUAUUAUUACGCAUACGGUGUUUGCAGAUACGAGGGGCUCCUUGCAUUUUAUUACAAUUUUAUUGUCUCCUUACCUACGUCAUAUUAUAUGAUAAAAAGAGGGGAGCCAGCCAUUUGGAUUUGUUUGUUUGUUUGUUUAGAAGCAGUGUUAAAAGUACGUAAAAUAAUUUAGGAACUUUUGGAGUUUUGUCAAGGUAAUUUUCUGUUUCGCAUCUCUGUAGGAAGCAACACAAAAUUGUCUCAAACCUUAAAAUGAACAAUUGCAUACUGUUUGUCAAAAGUAUGUGGCUGUGGCUUGUCCUUA